GCGAAUACUCCCAGCUCUGGCACACAAUUUCGCACAUGGAGUAAGACCUUCUUCGUAGAUCAUCUGAAAUGGAGAGACUCAAGUCCCGUCCUCACGCAGCAGAUCAAAUUACAACGAGAUCAGUCCGAUCGACCCAGCUUCAUCGAUCUGGCUGACGACGUCUUCGAGCACGUCCUGCAAUACCUACGAACGGGUAUCUUACCCGUCUUCUAUGAUCAAUCCAAGGGUCACGACUACACUUCCGGAGACGUUCGUCAAGAUCAAGACUGGCAACCAAACCUUUGUGACCAAGCCAUCAAGCUGGAAGGGCAAGAGCUUAUACUUCGAUCAACUGUUUUCGGGCAGGUGGAACGACAAAUCACCUGACGGCUCGUACUAUAUCGACACCGAUGCGCAGGUCUUCAAGCACAUCUUACUUUACCUUCGCACUGGCGUCCUUCCAAUCUUCUAUGACAAGACCACCGGUCAUGAUGAGAUACCCUACCACCAGGUCCUCAACGAAGCCGAGUACUUCUGCAUUGAUCGCUUAGUCAGGUGGAUCAAUGGAAAGACUUACCUGAAAGUCGUUGAUGCGGAAGUCAUCACGUGUGAUCUGUGGUGUCCGUCGCUUCCUUACGACAAUGGACCCAAACAGGAUUCGAAGAAUAGGAUACUCUAUCAAUGGAAGUACCCUGGGACUGUCAAUAUGCCGUUAGCGAGUAAUAUGGAAGGCGCCGUGGUUGCUUUUACAGAGACGAAAGGCAAGGAGACUGGUAUCGCAUGGCGAAUCAGCCGGAAAGAGUGGGAUUUCAACAGCGAUAUUUGCACCAAUCCAUUUCGCGAGCAAAUGUAGUCGCUCCCGGAGAAUCAAGAGGUAUCAUGAUAGAUAAGUCGUCGCUCGACAGCAAGGAUAUACCCCGACG